UAAAUAUUUUAUUAGUCUGAUUAGCCCAGAAAGAGGUGUGUUGGUGCAGUUGUUGUCUGAGUGAAGGAGAGAGACUGUUGGACUGGUGUUGUGGUAUAGUGUAUCUUUGUACAGCCAUUUCAGGGAUCGUAUGCUGUUACUAGUGAGUGUGUAGUGUGACGAUAAUCCUGCUGCUUUUGGCUCUUGCUCAAAUAACCAUUGGUGAUGUUAGCCUGCUGGACGGUAGCCUUUUUUCCAAAAAUCACGCGGCGUUGGACUGUACAUUUGGCAUCAAACAAACCAUGGUUAUGAUUAAAUGUUUGCGGUGAUGUGGCUGUAUUUCAUAUCACAUGGCAGUCACUCUUCUCUCAAGGUGGUUACGUCCGUCUGUUAUAUUAGACCAACAGAACUCUACAAAGGGAAUAUUGAGCCUUUUGAAGCUUUUAAAAACGUGUAUUGUCCUAUAUUCUUUUGAUUUAAGGUGUUUUGAAAGCCGUCACACGAUUGAUUAUGAAAUGCUGCAGGGCUGCAUGACCCACCCAGAAGUCACUGCAGCACAUCGAGUCUGUUAGGACAAGUGAAAUCCCCUGCAUUGUGCUCACCCCUUACCUGUUGAUUCUUGGCCGGCCGUCUCUAAGCUGGCGGAGGCUCUGUGAGUGCAAGUUGUGUUUUCAGUUUGUGGAGGCGCUAAGCCAUCUUAAGGCAGCCUUUUCAAUGAGAAAUGACAAGAUAAGACCCCGAAGCACGGGGUCUCCUGUCUAUCACGCAGAGGAGGGCUGGCACAGAAAACUAAAUCAUGCCUAGUUUUGAAACUGCCAACUAAACCAACACGUUAAAGUGUGUGUGCUGCUUUUGGAAAUUUUGAUUGGAAGACCCCAAAAACCCUGACGACUUUGAACUCUCAGCAGUUCUGACAACCUUUUGUAUGUGACAAGAAAAAUACGUAACCCCCCGUACCCUUAUACAUAAUAUCUAAACUAGACCUUUUUAUAUUUGCAUGUUCAGUGCUUCUACAUUCCUGUGGCGUCAUUUAUGUGCUUAUAGAAGUACAUUAUUCUAAAGUAUGGAGGUCAGUGAAAGGGCUGUGACACCAUUUGGGAAGCUAUGCAGAGAUUAAGUGAUGCUGAAGAGUUGACGCUCAAGAGUUUUAUAGUAUAUCCGACGUCUCAGGCUAUAGAGGGCAGAGGGCGGUAGGAGCGAGGAAAUCACUGGGCCACAUGCUAAUCUCUGUUGAUGGUUUAUGUAACUCCCAGUAUCACAUGAUCACACGUCACCACCCGCCCAGCAACUGUCUGUACUCAGUAAUUCACUCACUAGUCAGCCAUUCAAAUGCAAAUGGAUGAUAUGGACAAGAGGAAAAAUGAGGAGCACACACAUACGUAGUCAUCAUAACCUGGCAUGCUGCCUUUGAUUCCCAACAUGCAGCUGCACUCACUGAUGCAUCUAUAAGGCCGCGACCCAGAUCUGUUAUCUGAAUUUAAGACUCAAACGAGCGUCAGAAAACCGUAAACAAAGACUUUCUGGACGAGUUGCUCUGCUACUUUGGAGUGUGUAUAAUCCUGCUGACGGACGGCGAUGAGAUGAGAGUACGGGGAGUACGAGGGCAAGGCCAUGACGAGAUGGCAAUGAAGCUUUUGUUCUGGGAGCUGGAGCAGCAUCUCAAAAGUUCGUCAGGAGCCAGCGUUGUGGCCAUUGACAACAAGAUUGAACAAGCAAUGGACCUGGUGAAGAGUCACCUGAUGUACGCCGUGCGCGAGGAGGUGGAGGUCCUGAAGGAGCAGAUCAAAGAGCUGAUCGAGCGUAACUCCCAGCUGGAGCAGGAGAACACCCUGCUGAAGACGCUGGCCAGCCCGGAGCAGAUGGCCCAGUUCCAGGCCCAGGUUCAGACCGGCUCCCCGCCCGCCCCUCCGACAGCCGCCACACCGGGACCCCCGAGCGCCGCCACCCUCGUCCAGCCCACCUCGCACAGCUCCGGCCCCUCGGCGUAGCCCGGUCUGCGCAGACAGACAGACAGACAGACAGUUUUUGAGUUCUGCUACAGCAGCAGAGCUACACCUUGCCUUCGACAGCAGGAGGUUUACGCUGUUAAGACAAGAAUUUGCACAUAUUUAUCUCUCAGAAGGAUGCAGCCGGCGGGACGAGCGAGCGGCGCAGUGCUUUACAGCAGAUUUUGGGGGAGGAGGUGGUCGAGGGUCGGGA